AUGGAGCGGCCAGUCGCCCGAUCUGCGUACCAGGUGGCGGCCAUCGCCAAGAAGGAGGGUGAAGCAUCCGUGCCCGGCGAACUGAUGGCGCGCCCCCCUUCCGGCAACGAAGAAUUCUUCUAUAAUGUCGAGCUACUAGCUGAAUCACUAUUCCCCGGGCCGCCCACCAUCUGCGACGACGUCGAGCGCCCAACGACCACCGGU